AUGGAUCAGUUCAUUGGAUCUGCUAUGAAUGAAUUGUUCAUUAGCGAACGAGGAAGGAUUGGUCAUAAGAGACGGACCAACAGGAACGGACCGUGUACCUCCAAGAACCUUGAGGCGGAGCGGAGGAGGAGGGGGAAGCUUCACGAUCGGCUGAUGGCAUUGCGCGGAGUGGUUCCUCAAAUUACAAAUAUGAAGAAAGCAACCAUUGUCGAAGACGCGGUCGCUCAUAUUAAGAUGCUGCAGCAGACUGUGGUACAUCUCAAGGACCAGCUUUGGGAUGAGGUUGCUUCACCGGAGGAAGGCAUUGAGCUAAAGAAUGAAGAAUUUUGUGCUGCGGAAGAGAUGAACUCACUUGGGAUUCAGCCGGAUAUUACCGUGAUACAAAUGUACGAGAACAAAUUCUGGAUAAAGGCGAUAUUCGCGAAGAAACGAGGCGGGUUCACAGAAUUUAUGGAUGCCGUAACUGCUUUCGGUUUUGAACUCACUGAUACCAGUUUAACUACCAUCAAUGGAGCCAUGCUUGUUACAUCCUGUCUUGAGGUGAGAAAUUGGAGCAGGAAUGAAAAUUUUUCUCUACUCAGUCUACUCGUGCUUGGUUAAUUUCCUCUUCCAAAGUUUUAAUCGAAAGUUUCGUUAUUUCAGGGAGUUUCUUGUGAAAAGCUUUCAGUUGAAGAAAUCAAGCAAGUUUUGCUAGAGAUAUAG